GUCGAAGUUCACAAAAUGGUAUCAGGAUUGUUUUCGACAGCCAUGGAAACAUCCGGACCCAAACCGCGAACCUCCUUUGCAUUAAGUAUCAAAACGAGUUCCUCCUCUGAUGGCGGAUUGCCUCGUGUCAAAAGAUUCAGUAUGAGCAGCACCAACAUUUUAGAGUUUCUUAUGCUAGUUGGUAAGUUAAAGAAUGUCAAAAGAACGGGAUGGAUAAACCACAAUGUGAAAAAACCAGAAAGUGUUGCGGAUCAUAUGUAUAGAAUGGCAAUUAUGACUUUCUUGUUGAACAACCCAUCAGCUGGAGUCAAUAAUGAACGGUGCCUAAAAUUGGCUGUUGUACAUGACCUUGCAGAAUGUAUUGUUGGAGACAUAACACCUAGUGACCCUAUGGGUCAUGAGGAAAAACACAGAAGAGAAAAGGAUGCAAUGAAUCAUCUAGCAAGCCUAAUAGACUCCAAGAUUGGCAAAGAAUUAUUAGAGCUGUAUGAGGAAUAUGAAAGCCAGACAACAAGCGAAGCAAAAGCUGUGAAAGAUCUAGAUCGUUUUGAAAUGAUUUUGCAAGCAUUUGAGUAUGAGAAAGCGGAAGACAGACACGGCGAGCUUCAGGAUUUCUUUAAUUCAACAAAAGAUAAAUUCAAGACUCCACAAAUUAAGGAAUGGGUUGAGGAACUUGGUAGAAAAAGGGAAGAACAACGAACAAUGCAUUUUAAUUAAUAGUUUUUGUUAUGAUCAAUGUCUUUUAGGACAUUUUCAUACGAUGCUUUUUGCAGAACAAGACAUUAAAAAUUCACUGUAUGAAAAUGUUCACCUUUUGUGAGAUAUAUUUUACAUAAUCAUAA